AUGUAAAACUUCAUAAUCAUUCAUUUAUAUAAUAAUUCAUAAAUUGAAUAUGUAUAAUUGUUGCCAUUCCAAUACACCAAAUAUUGCCCAUUAUUUGUGAUAUUUCCAUAAAUAAAGUAGGUAUCACAAUUUAAUUAAUCUUCAAUUUUGUAAUUGCCAUCAUUAAUUUCUCUAAUGAUAUAUAUAUUUCUUAUGUCUUACUACUAUUAAGAGUGACAUAGUUAGAGGCUUACCUUCAAGUGUUGAUUGGUUGUAUGAAGGAUCCGAGAUAUAGAUAUUCUUCAAUGGCUAACUUUAGCCUUUAAUAGUAGUAGUGAGAUUGGAGAUAGAUUAGAAAGGGAAAUUAUUUUGGUUUAGGAUUGAAGAUAACUCAUGGAGAACAACCUGGCAUUGGAUACUGAUAAGAUGGUAUGCUUGCUUGACUGAGGAACUAUGGGAUGGAUUACUGAGGAUCAGUCUAGAUGACAUCAUGACCUGCCCCCUUUGUGAAGCGAACUUCAACUCUUAGGACAUUUUUAAACACUCCUGCGCAUCCAAUUUGGCCUUGGAUCUACCAAAGGGCUGGCCAAAAUGAUUUAUUAUUCAACAUCG